AUGGCAAGUGUCGUGCGGCAGCUGGCCGGCAGCAGCCUCGUACUGCCGGCCAAGUCGCGGUCGCGUGGCCGGAGCGGGUUGUGCUGCCGGGCGAACCUGCGCGGCGUCGGAGGUAACAGCACUAGUACCACCACGUCCGACCAGCGGCAGCUGGUGAGCAGCAUCGACGAGCUUACGCUCGCCCGGGUAGACCCCGUUGCGGGCGCCGAGGACCGCGUCGUGAUCGGAACGGGAGAUGACGGCGCCACGGAGGUGGGGAAGCUCCGCGCAGUCGCGGAGGCGGCGGCGGACCGGGUCCAGAUGCACGACAUCAUCGGCCGGCAGAGGGACAACUGGAACCACCUGCUGCUCCACUCCACCAACUCCCUCACGCUCGCCGCCUGCGUCAUGGCCGCGCUCGCGCCGGCGUCGACGAGCCUGCUCGCGCUCAAGGCGUCCACGGGGGUGCUCCUGGCAUCGGCGGCCGUCACGAUGGCGGCGGUCAACAAGAUCCAGCCCUCGCAGCUCGCUGAGGAGCAGCGCAACGCCACGAGGCUGUGGCGGCAGCUCGAGCGCGACGUCCGCGCAACGCUCGCGCUCGGCGCAUCGUCCGCGACCAAGGAUGACUUCUUCCAGGAGGCCAUGGACCGGGUGCUCGCGCUCGACGCCGCCUACCCGCUUCCGCUGCUCCCCGGCAUGCUGGAGAAGUUCCCCAACACCGUCGAGCCCGCACGCUGGUGGCCGAAGAAGAACCCGGCUCGUCACAGCGCCUGCAAGAAGAUGUCGUCCAACACCAGGCAUGGCGCCCGGCGAGCUUCCAUGGCCGGCGACAACGGCUGGACACAAGAACUGGAAGAAGAGAUGAGAGGCAUCGCACGGGUGCUCAAGGCCAAGGACGAGCAGGAGUACCUGUCGUUCGGUAAGGUGGUGCUGAAACUUAACAGAGUCCUCGCGGUUGCCGGCCCGGCGCUGGCCGGCACAGCAGCGAUCGCCGCAGCGUUCAUCGGGUCCGGCGAUGCCGGGACGUCUUGGGCGUCCGGGGCGGCGAUCCUCGGCGGCACUCUGGCCGCGGCGGUGAAUACGGUGGAGCACGGCGGGCAGGUGGGCAUGGUGUUCGAGCUGUGCCGCAACGUCACGGGGUUGUACCGAAAGAUCCAGGACGACAUCGAGGACAACCUCAACGAAGCCAACGUGGAGCGGAGGGAGAACGGCGAAUUGUUUGAGACCAAAGUGGCGCUGCAGCUUGGCCGGAGCCCGUCUGACCUCAGGCAGUUCAAGGGGAUGGCCUCACCGUCGUUCAGGGACGAGGACAUUAGGAAUUUUGCCGGGGAACUUUUCUAG